AUGGAAGCACUCGCCCAAGGAAUUGCGCAGCUUCAAACAGCGAUGGCAAUGCAGAUGGGCAUGAGCGCGUCUAAGCCAGAGGCCAUUCGGCCGGGGACGGCGGGAUCAGAGCUACCAAAGUUGGCGGAGGCGGACGAGAUGGCGGCAAUCAAUGUUGGAGACUGGCUACAUGGUCUUAGCGGACCUAUGGGCGACCUCACAGAUGGGAGCUCGCAGUGGUGGUCGCAGGUCAUGUUGGCACUAGACUCUUACUACAGGGACUAUGUGAGUGCCUCAGCGGUCAAAAAGCCGCAGCUUAGGGCAGAUGACUAUGCAGGCUCAUUGCUCAGAGAGGCCCGUUGGGUUAGGGUGGAUAAAAGAGCGGCGUCUAUGCUCCUUCAAGCCAUUCCGGACAACAUCCGCACGGAGGUCUUGGCGAACAGGCUACAGAGCACUCUGUCAAUCCUGGCACGCAUUCUCACUAUCUACAGGCCGGGGUCAGCAGUGGAACGUCAGCAGGUGCUAAAGGCUCUGGAAUCUCCCGGGGCGUCAAACACAGCAAUGGAGCUUGUGGAGUCUUUGCGGAGGUGGGCGAGAUGGUUGAAACGAGCACAAGAUCUUUCGCUACAAGUACCGGAUCCCUCGAUACUGUUAAGGGGGUUGGACGUUGCAUCGAAAUCCAUGCUGGAGCGGCACGGCGAAGUGUCCUUCCGCACUAAUAUGCUGAGGUAUAGCCUGGAGUUGGACUCGGCCCCCAGCUUGAUCUCGGUGGAGAAGUUUCAGUCGCAUUUGUUGGCGGAGUUCGAGCAGAUUGCUUACCGAGGAGCAUCGUCCCCCAACCAAUCUAAGCCGUGCAAGUUCUAUGUGGGCGAGUCGGGAUGCCAGCGGGCUAACUGUAAGUUUCUCCACGAUUGGAUGUCCAUACCCAAGGAAGAGAGGAGUGAAAGAUGCAAGGCAUGUGGAGCAAAGGGGCACAUGAAGAAGAACUGCCCAGUUCGCAAUGGACAAGGAGAUCCUCCCAGGCAUGACGACGGCAAAGGGAAUCAACCUAGACUACGACCGGUUGGUAAAGGUGGUGAUGGCAAGCGCGAUGAUGGGACGGUCCCAGCGUCAACCACUUCUCCCCAGCAGUCCUCGUCGUCUGCGGGUCCUUCGUCUGGAGCAACCUCGGCUUCCGCAUCUAUGGAUUCAACGGCCGGGGGUUCGGCACCUUUGGAGGCUACAGUACAAGGUCGCGACGUGGAUGAUUUCCUCAAGAACGCUACACAAGUGCUAAAGAUGAUGGCUGAGCAGCAGUCGUCCGCGAGGCCAGGGCCAUCAAUGAAGAUGCUGAAGAAGGUGAUCAAGGACUACGAAGGCCGUAUGGCUUUAGUGGACUCGGGG